AUGCAGACAAGGACGGUUCAAGUGAAGCAACUUUCAGAUCUAGCUACUGAGAGGGAGAUUUACGAAUUCUUCUCAUUUUCUGGUGAAAUUGAAAACAUUCAGAUCGUAAGAGAAUAUGGACAACCAAAGACUGCGUUUGUGACAUUUAAAGAUCCAAAAGCACUUGAAAUUGCGUUGUUGUUAUCGGGAGCAACAAUAGUCGACCAGAUUGUGAGUAUAAGUCCAGUUGAGAAUUAUGUUGCAAAUCGUGAGAUGCAAGAAGCACGGGCAGGGGAAUAUUCUAUAACUAUUGCUCCUGAAGAUGCCGCAUUGAAUUCCGAGGAGGAGAAACCCGGGGGAAGAGUAUAUCUUAGUAAAGCACAAGAUGUAGUGACAAAUAUGUUGGCAAAAGGAUCAGCGAUAAAACAAGAUGCCGUGAACAAAGCUAAAGCAUUUGAUGAGAAGCAUCAAUUGACUGCCAAUGCAUCAGCAAAGGUCAGUUCAUUUGAUAAGAGAGUUGGACUGACAGAGAAAUUGACAGUUGGACUUUCUGUAGUGAAUGAGAAAGUCAAAUCUGUAGAUCAGAGGCUACAUGUUUCAGAUAAAACAAUGGCAGCAAUAUUUGCAGCCGAGAGGAAGUUGAACGAUACUGGAUCAGCUGUCAAAACAAGCAGAUAUGUGACCGCCGGAACAUCAUGGCUAACAGGUGCUUUUAGCAAGGUGGCGAAAGCCGGAAACGUGGCCGGUACUAAAACUAGAGAAAAGUUUAAUAUGGCUGUUUCAAACUUGACAACAAAGGAUACCUCAUUGGUUGUAUAG